UGAAAUUAAUCGGGCAUCAAAUGGCAUGUUUUGCGUCUCUAUAACAGCUUAUUAAAUGUAAUAUCAUUAUGAGAUAUUUGAUUUUUCGAAAUUAGUUGAGAUUUAUGUAAUGCUUAAUAAUAGAGCUAGUCUAUCACUACCAUUUCCCAUUAACUUGUAACCCCCGCAACUCUCUCUCUCAUAAUUAAAAAACGGUUGAGCAUGCUGGGGAGCUCCACUGCAAAGCGGCCAUCCUUUCGUAGAUUACUAUGGAGUGUUCAUCGUCAUUCGCCGUUCGAUCGGGAGUAACUCAACUUGUACCGUGUGUGCCGUGACCGUAGCACAGUUUGUAAAGCGCAUAGAGUACAGCAGACUGUGAUGGAGUGUGAGAGAAAAAUUACAUAAAACAAAACUCCUCCGGUGUCGUUUUCGUCGUCGUCUUCAGUCGAAUUUUAGGUCCAUCGUAGUUUGAAAAAGAUUGAAAAGUGCCCUUUGAGAAAAGGUCCUUACUUGGUCGGUUCCGAGAUCGAAGAAAAAGUGUAGUGCGUGUGAAACCGCAGUGCUGUGCGAUCGAUAGCAGGCGUAUUUAUUUGAACCUGCGGAAAACACAUCUAGAACAUACAAUACGUCAGGUCUUUUUAAACGAAAAGGAGAUAAAUUGUGCAAACUAAUAAAUAAUUGCUGCCAGCUGUAGAAAAAGCCAGAUCUGCUGAAUAAGGAGUACUACAGGAAAAAUGUUGGGCUCCUGAUAUAAGAUUUUCGAACGCGGUCCUAUUGCUCUCUUAUUCUUGUUUCGCUAUCUGAAUCUCUGAAACGGAACCUAGAGUGAGGAAGAAAGAGAGGAUAUAAAUUGAGAGCCCGUGUGAAAGAACAGUCGAAAGAAUAUGCGAACCGACUGCUGCUAGCAAUACUGCUGCUGUGAAGGAAUUUUCCGAAAAUUCUUCCCCGGUCGUGUUUAUCGGUUGUUUUCUUGUGCCUCCAAACACCUACUCGGUAUAAUGGUAUCAAAGCUGUUUUCCACUUAGCUGGUAUCUACAUCAGUACAGUGCGAAAGAGUGCGAUUUGCUUGGAAGGACAUUCCAGGAGUUGUCAAUUGGGUGAAGGAAUUUCCAGAAAAAGUUUCUCUACUAGCGCAAGAAAAAAAGAAUCGAAACGGUUAAGGUAAAUCUGAGAAGAAACGGAAGUGAUGCAGUCUUAAGAACUAACAACCUGCUAGAGAAAUAGAGAGAGUGCUGAAAAGUGUAGUGUUUUCCUCACGUCACGGCAGAUUGCGUUGUCCCUUUACAGAAGGAUUCGUACUGGUUUAGAGAGAGCGUGAGUGCGGCCUCAAUUUUCGGUUUCUGACAGGAUCGACAGCAUGCGAAGAGGACAGUGAAAAUCCUCUUCGCAUAAAAGCAAAAAUAUAAAACAAGUUCAUAGAGCAAGCAAAAGGAAAAGUUGGUCAAGAAAAACUGAAGUUUUGUUGGGUGCAAAAAUUAGGAAUAAUUUUCUCACUGAUCGGGGUACACAAUUGCACUGUACGGUUGCAACACAUACCAGUUUGUGUAAAACAUCUCAACGGCGAAUUCAGUGCAGCAUCCCUGUUGGCCUUUCAGUGGUUGGAAAGCUCAUUUUGUGCAUGUUUCGACCCAGAAAAGAGUUGUUCUCUGCAGACAUUUGAAGGGAAAUUGGAGUAAUUCAGCUAUUCGAAAAAUUUGCUUUAUCGUUUAGUAGAUAUAUAAAGUUAGUGCAUUUUUCCGAAAAGAAGGAUUCGUUUUUUUGGAAUAUUCGUGUCACUUGAAUCAAGUGUAAAUUUAUUUCCACUAAGUUUUGUGAGAACAAAAUAUCUGAAAAGAAAGCAAGCAGAGAAACAAAUAAAACGUGUGCAUAAAUUAACAAUCGGUCACUUUUAAGUGAGUGCAAAAACAGUUCGCCACGACGUCGACCAACAGCAGCCAGCCACCACCGACAGCAGCAGGAGGAGUAGGAACAGGGUCAGGACCAUCAUCAUCGGGAAAAGGAGGGGCAGGAGGUGGAGGAGGAGGACGUCGACGUUCCCGCAGCCAGGUACCGAAUAGCAGCGGCGGUAGUGCCAGUGCUAGUCGGCGAAGCAGCAAAACGGAUCACGUUCGACGGAGAAGUCCUCCUUCUUCGGUUACUGACGAUUCUUCCUCCUCACUACUGCUGUCAGUGUCUGUCGGAGGUCGCACGGCUGGGGGUACGGCAGGCGCCAUUGACCGCGAGCGUGAAAGCGGAGGCGGCGGCGGAGGUUCGGCUACCAGUCAUCAACACCAUCCACAUCCGCCUGAGUCGUAUGAGAAGGGUCAUAACAUGGCUUCGUCCAAUCACCGUGGAAUACAGAUCGGCUCGGCCUGGUUCCAGCGGAAAAUCAAUCUGCGACCGCAGCAUCGUGGCGUUCAUUUGGUGACCGAGGAAAUUCUGCGUCAAAUGCCGGAGCUGGGACAAUUCUCAGUUGGAUUGUGCCAUGUUCAGAUACUACACACAUCGGCCAGUUUAGCUUUGAAUGAAAGUUGGGACCCAGACGUUCGGGACGACAUGGAGAUGAUGCUGAAUAAGAUUGUUCCGGAGGGACUCCCCUAUCGACAUUCCUGUGAAGGUCCGGACGACAUGCCCGCCCACGUGAAAGCGUGCUUUCUUGGCAGUUCAUUGACAAUCCCGAUCACCGAUGGCAAACUGUCGCUUGGCACGUGGCAGGGCGUGUGGCUGUGUGAACAUCGUGAUCACGCUGGCUCUCGCAAGCUGGUUAUAACGCUGUCCGGUUGUCCUCGAGACUCGGCUCGGAGUCCACUUUCACCAGUGUCGCCAAUCGCUUCAACAUCCAGUUAGGGACGGCCACGCUCUGCUCGCGAUAGUCGGUAAUCGUGGGUUAGAGCGGUGCUCUGAUUUGAGUUUCGUAUUAUAAAGGGUCCUUACACUAUUGGAGUAAACCUGAGCAGAAGGUUCAACAUGCAGACCUAUGAAUAAUUAUGUUAAUUAGAAAGCAAAUGAAAACACAGAGGGAAAGUGAAGUGGAGAGUAAAACUGGGACAGAUUUUAAUAAGCAGAAUACAGCAGCAGGUGGAGUCUAUAGGCAAACAGUUCAUACUAAUAAAAUCUAACAAUUAACAUAGAUACAGAUGGACGAGAGCGAAGGAAACAUCAAAAAGAACCUUUAAUUUACAAUUUAUAUGAAAAAUAGUACUUUUAGAUAUAUGAGAAAUAGAAAUCGCUAAACAAAUUUCACCUAAAACGCAAUGAUAAUAGCACUAAGAUGUCUACUUGGAAGCUAAUAAGUAAAGUAAACUCGGAAAUAACUAUUUUUUACCAAAAUAGGAAAAAAAUCAUGUUUUAUUUUUACUAACUGGGAAUGUAGGGGACAUAGAGCAACUAAUGAAUAGCAAACAAUACCAAACUUGGGGUAGGAGUAGAGGAAAGAAUUUCAGUUCACAUUUCGUUCUGCUAUUUUCGUCAAAAACAAUUUAGGGCAACUAGGCUGAACCAACGCGAACACGAAUGCACAAAAAUGAAAAAAAAGUAAAUAAACUAGGAUAUAAAAUCAUGCCGAAACACACAAACAAAUCAGACCGUGUAAUGCACUUACUUUGUCAAAUUAAUAUAGCAAUUCUAUUCAGUUGAAUUCUAUGGAAAGGGUAACAAGAUAGCAUUGAACAAUCUGUUUAUUUGAUAUAUUCCUUAUUUACUAAGUGUCUUAAUUUAUUUCAAUUAUUGAUUGCCAAGUUUGUGUGCAAUGGUUUUUGGUUCCGUUAUUAGUUUAUAUGGAAUAUAGGAAAACAAAAUUCUGUGACUCGUUAUCAAUGAUCAUGAUUAUAUGAUUAACGGUUGAUUGCUUAAUUAAACAAACCGAAGUUAUAUUGAAAGUAUGAUUGGAAGUAGCAACAAAACAAAUUGCACUUAGAAACACUGUACAUAAAAUGUAGGAUUUAGCAUGUUUUCAAAUGCAUCUUAUUGUUUUAAACUCUCCACCAGAUGUAGUACGGGCAGUAAUUUUUGUGUGCCUAUGGUGGAAAGCACUAGCAUUAUAUGACUGGAUAUCGUCAAAUUUUAUGGUUUCCGGAACAUAGGUACGAUACUGUUAUUCAAAACGAAUUGUUGAUUUUUGUUGUUGUUUUAGUGGUGUGCAACACUCCGGUUUUAGGAUACAUCAGUUGUGACUUGUAAAGAUUUUAAAUUGCAUUUUAAGACGAAAUGUCGAAGGAUCAAAUGAUGACGAAAGCAAAUAUGCGUACCUAAAACUUCUAUAGCGGGAUAAAGUUUACUGUUAGUAAGUCGACGCACCGUCUUUGACUUUCGAAUAAAGCAUGAGUCUUUUGGGAUUAUUCCUACUUAUUAUCAAUUUAAUCAUUAAUGAAGAUAAAAACUAUAUAUUUUGUGUUUUUUAUGCAGCAUAACUUUAUUUUCCUAAAAUUUUCUUAAAAUAUUAGUAUGCGAAUUCUACCUUCUCUAAUCUCCACGAGCUCUCAUCAAAAGCGCAUCUUCCUCGAUUUCGUAGUUCUAACGAGUGCGGAAUUUCCUCGAAGAUAUCUUUCAUUUUUCUGCUGCAAAUCAUUUCGACAUGUUUAUUUGUCAUCAUUAGCAUUUCUAUGUUUCUCUUCUUCGAAUUCUUUCUCAUGGAUAUCGUCAUCCUACUUACACUCAGAAAAAAACCUACCUAUUAAACAAAAAAAAACUUUUUUAUCAAUCCGUAUGUGUUUUUUGCAUGGAUAUUGUCCUGUGUUUUAGUUCUCAUGACAUUAUUUUAACUAUCGUCGUUUUAAACGCAAUUUGAUAUUUUAAUCACUCAUUACUAUGUAAUGUCGAAACUGAAAAUCGGAUCAAAUUUGAAUAAAAAAGUGUGACAAUCGAUUGAAUUGAAGUAAGCUCCAGUUACUUCCAGAGCCGGUAUUCAGGAACCAGUAUAACCAAACCGAUUCGUAUGGUCAUAUGGCGAAUAAAUUGCAAUAGUUUCGAGUCCAACUUUAAAGCUUUUCUGGAUUGUCAUCUUCUAUAUCGGUUUGAAUUUUUAAAAUUCAUCAUCCUGUAAUUCCAGAAUUGGAAGUCAGAAUUGGAUAAAAUUAAAUAAUUUUGUAUUGGACUGUAAGUUUAUUUUAUUUUGAAUUUUUUUCUGAAAUUCGAUUUAGCUUUUUUGAGAAAACGAUUGAACUUUGAGAAACGAUUCGAUACUGGAACCAGAAUUCUAAAAUCGUUAAGUCAGUUAAAUUAACCUGAGAAGCUGUAAAAUUUCUAAAAUCGAUAAACCUGAUAAACCAUUUUUAAACUAAUCAUCUUGUAUCCCCUAAACCGGAAGUUGGAUCUGACUAAAAAGCCAGAUGUUUAAUAGGAUCUUAAGAUCUUUCAUUUGAAUCUUAGAUCGUUCUUAGAUUUCGUUUUCACAAUAAAAAUAAGUUACAAUAUUUUAAUUUCGUUUCACAUAUCAUCCUAGAGGUCGGAUCCAAACGUAAUUCAGGAACUUUGUUUGGGAGCAUACGACUUUUCAUAUGAAUCUGAGUUUGAAGAAAACGUUUGAGUCACCUCCGAGAAAAUUGAGUGAAAUUAUUUCUCACACACGAAUUUACUGAUCUCGGCGAACUGAUUCGAAUGGUAUAUGGGUGUUGUGUUCUCCCAGCAUUUAUUGCUGUAAGUAGUUGAAAACAAUAUAAUUAUGCAUUUGCUUUCAACUCGAAAAUUCUGCCAUCAUCUAGUUUACAUGUCAUAUUCGAACGAUUGCUAAAAUCGGUCCGAGGCAAAAUGUCAUGAAAAAGGAUGCUGUACACAGUCUUUUUGGUACUUAGAAAAAAUCGUAUGUAACAGUAUAAAAAUCGUGUUUCACGUUGCUCCCAAGCAUCGCUUUGUCAUACAAUGCUCAAAACUCCUACUGCUGGAAUAGGGGAAAAAGUCGCUUACGCAAAAAUGUCGAUAUCUCCGUUAAAAAUGGACGGAUUGCAACAAUUUAUGGCUUGUUGGAUAGCUAUUACCAUGCGGAAUCUAAGUCUGAAAACAUAUUCUGUUUUUGGUCAAGUGUGACAGUUAUUCUCAAAAAACACUCAAAAAACUUCGUAUAACUCAAAAAGUAAACAUUCGAUCUAAAAACCAUUCAAUAGCGUUCAGGGUAACGAGGAAACCUUUCAUUUGCGACCAGUUUGUUCAAAAUCGGUCCAGCCAUCUCUGUGAUCUCGAUCUCUUUGUUGACAACACACAUACAGACCCACACGCAUACGCACACUCGGACAUUUGCUCAGUUCGUCGAGCUGAAUCGAUUGAUAUAUGACAUUUGGCCCACCGGGCUUCGGAAAAUUUUUCUAAAGUUUGAGCGAAUUCUAUACCUAUUUUUUAAAUAUUUAAAAAAGGUAAAAAUAGUUGUUUCAAACUGAGAUAUCGCUGAUUUAAACGAAAUUUGCCCGUUUCAAACUAAAACAUUGUUGUUCCAAACAAAUGUUCUUUGUUUCAAGGAAACAUUGAUACAAUCAAAUACAAAUAAUAAUACCCCUAAGUCCCAUACAAACGAACCGCCAAUGUUUGGUUCACAGCCUGAACACGUAAGCCUAGCAAAUUACUCCCUUUCAUUGCGAUAGUUUGAAAAUGUGGAAGGAGAUCGUUUCUGGCAACGCUUUAUGCUAGUUGCUACGGUGCAAAACAAACUUGUUUGUUUAUGUUUAUCGUUGCUGUAUUAAACUGCAACAAUCAGUCUAAAUAUCACCGGCACUAGCACAAAAGAUGAAAAAUGAACACAAACACCCACGAAUCUACAAAUAUCAAUACAGCUAGUAGUAUAUUCAUGGUGGCUCAACCAUUCUAGAUUAUUGUUUAACUUACAUUUCGCUUGUGAUCUUGAUUAUCAGAUAAAAACUGUUUGUUUAUUUAUUUUUCACUAUAAUAAACAGUAACUAUGGUGAACUUGUUCUUACCCUUCAGUGUUGCUAGUUUUAUAGAAAACUCGUUAAAGUACAUUGUCACUCUGACAGUGUAUCAUGACAGUGUACCGCACGAUGCAAAAUGUGUCCUUGAAAAUUUGUCGAAGUAUUCCGUAUUAUAAUUUGUAUUUGGUACAAUUACCGUGAAUUUAUACUGAGGUCUUUUUAUGCGGUUUUUUACGCGACUUUUUUAUGCAAAUUUUCAGAGUUAUGCGGUUUUUUAUGCGAAGUUUCAGAGUUAUGCGGUUUUCCUUCUGCGGUUUUUUUAUGCGAAGUUUCAGAGUUAUGCGGUUUUUUUAUGCGAAGUUUCAGAGUUAUGCGGUAUUUUUUAUGCGUUUUUUUAUGCGGAACGUAAAUUCUCAUACAAAAAGACUUCAGUGUAUUUAUUUGAACAAUAGUUUUUACUGCGUGUAAAAUAAUACUAUGUUCACACUAUGAGUUAAAACAAGUUUUAACUCUGAUUUCAUGUUUUAAGCGAAAUGACAUGUUUUAGUUUUGCGAUAUUUCAUAUUCAGAAACGUUACUUUAAAACAUGUUUUUCCGAAAUAACAUGAUAUAAUUGUCAGUAAAACACAACCCUGCUAUCAUUUUCCUUCACUUUUCGACUAUGUCGAUUGACAACAGCUUAACAACAGCAGUUUUCCAUCAAAGUAGCCAUGUAAUCAUAAUAAAAUAAAACUGAAAACUGUUACCAACGUUGCCAGGUAUAACGAUUUCUCGGUAUUUAUAAAGACCUCUAUACCGCAAUUCAGAUAUGUAUGUACUCCCAAAAUACCGAUUAUUCAGGUAUGUACUCCCAAAGUACCGAUUUGGGUUUUUAGCUUGAAUAGACAUGAGAAAAGGUUGUCGUGGGACCUUUCUUUUGCUCACCUCUUGGUGACAUUAUGUAGACAUUAUGUAGAAGAGAUUCUGAUACCGAUAUUAGGCUCUCUGACAGCUCCCUUACAACCACAAAUGCAAAUGAGAUUGGUUUGUUUUCAUCAGGAAACGCAUGCAUUAAACACGAUUCAGACGAUCAAUCAACUUCCGUCGACGUCCAGAUUAUUUUUAUAAAUUUUUUUAGCCGAAUAUUGCUCACGUAUCCGACGUUAAAAUGUUCCGUGAACUUGACGUAGUGUCCUUUCAUAUGAAUUGCUUACAAUUAAUGUUGUUGCUCCGUAAUUGUUCCAUGCAGGUGAUAGUCCCUUAAUGCUGCGUGUGAAUCGCUUUUACAUAUUGUUUUGUUUUCAUCAGGAAACGUGUUGGCCACCCAUUUUUCAGUAGGGCCGCCGUUCAUUUUUCACCGGGCAUAGAAACCUCAAUGGUACAGAUAGAUUUUUGCGCAGAAUACAGAUUUUUGGAAAAAUGACCUGGCAACGCAGACUGGUACAACCAUUUUUGUUUUUUGAAUUAAAAGAUGACUUUUUUGGCAAUAAGCGUGAAACGAUAAUAUUCUUCAUAGCUAGGAAAAGUACCUAGCUUAUUUCUUAUUUUCCGGAUGUUGUCAAAAUACUUUUUUCUUUCCUACCUGCGACGUAGGCAUUUAUGUAGUACCAAUACCAAGUAAUAUGUCAUGCGUAGAACAUAAUCUUAGUGUGAACAGCGCGGUAUUAACUUUAUAUUACUAUCAUUAAAACAUGUUAUUUUCUGCCGGUGUGAACAUAGUAUAACACUAGUCAUGUUAUAACUUUACGAAAAUGGCGAUAGAUAUAGUUUUUAAAACAUUUCGGUUAAUAAAGUACAUGAAAGGAAACUAUCUCAAAAUUUCUCCGCACUAGUGAUGGAAAAAGUCAAACUAGAAGUGAGUUUUAUGUUCAACUCUAUGUAGUUUGUCCAGCACACAGAAAUCUUCCUAUAGCCAACGUAUUGUUUUCAAACUGUGUGCAGUACACGGAAUGACCUGAUGGUAGAUUGCCUCCGUCCACUGAAGAAUGUGCUAAUCGAUGGAAUAUUAUUUUAACUUUUCCAUGUUCGUUUUAUUCAAUUUUAAUACCAUACCCAAAUGAACGUACCUUCCUCUUAAAACUACUCAAAGGUCUCGUAAAACGAUUGGACCAACAUUUGUUUUGCGUGGAAAACAUUUUUUUUUCAUCGUAUCUUCCUUCGAUUUUACUUCCUUAGGAUGUUUUCGAAGCGCCUGCUUCAUGAUGGCCCAGUACUUACUCAAUUGGCCGCAGUUCCGGUGCGUUCGGAGGAUUGAAAUAUUUCGGAACGAAGUUAGUAAGUCUUGUACCGACCAGAAAUGCGUAGGACUAUCGUGUGACCUUAGAAGUGGAAGUAGGCGCUUCAGGAGCCAUUCCGUUUCAAAUUGAUUAUCGCACUAAAAAUUAAACAUUCGAAGAAUCCUGCGAUAGGGAACCUGCAUAUGGCUCUUUGGAUUUUUGUAAAUUAUUAUUUUUGACAUUUUCGAGUUAAAUGUUUCCCGAUUCCUGAGCUAAAUGAAUGUCUUGCUAAUUUUGAUAUAUUUUUCUAAUUUUAUCUCCAAAUGGGAACUAAUUCGAUAUCUAAAUGAUCAAUAUUUUUUUCAAAUGAAAAAACUACAGUUUAAUUUUUAAAACACAUCGAAAAAUGCGAAAUCGGCUCAACGACUGUCUACCACUUUAUAUACAUUACAUUUCAUUUGGAUCUUCGUUAUCUAACUGCAAGAGAUUUAGAUAAAUGUCACUCCGACUAACUCUAUGCGUAAUUUAGAACCGUCUUGCGUCGUACAACUAAACCUAGUCAGCAAGUUAGCUUCAGCUCUUGUAUAAAAACCUAAUGUGACGAUAUAAUCACUGCCCUGUUGAAUCUUGCUGAUGCUGUUGUAUACGGUUCCGCUUUCGUAAAACAUUAUUUCUGAUGGUAAAGCUAUGUAAGUAUUCGUAAGUCAAAGUUAGGUGUAGUUCUACGAUGAUUUGCUUUCUCAGAUUCCAUCCUGAAACACAUAUGUUCGAAUUUACUAUACGGUAAGCUUUCGUCUAUUCUAUUUUUUUGUUAUUUUUUCUCGCUGCAGUAAAACAGACAUUCCAUCCCGUUGCUAUAAAAAAAUGUUUCGUUUAACACCACCCGUUGUAGUAUUUAGAACGUGUUUCAAAUCAACCGAGUGCGAAGCAGUAUAUCCUGUAUAGAUAGAUACUAAGAACAGGAAUCAAGUCGCCUUUUUUUGGCAACUUCGUUGGGUAAACUAGAAAAUAUCCUUUUCGCACACUACAAUCGCUUCAGAAUUUAGAGGACAAAACAUAUGGAAACCACGAGGCGCACGGACAAGUUAGUCACUAGAAAUGAUGAAGCCGCUCUAGAAACGCUGAAUUCAGUAAUAGAUCUUUCUCGUCCAUUCUUUACUAUGGUAUAUCGUGCUGCGAUAGAAAGAGAGAAUAGGAGAAACGUGGAAAGUAUAUUUUGUUACUAUCAAUACUUUUUUAUGUAUGAAAAAAACGAGGAACCAACGCAAUAGUUACUAUAAAAAUUGUUAAUUUUCAACUAAAUCGAAAGAGAGUGUGAGCGUACAUACUUUAAACUAUGUCCGAUGAGCAAAAGAAGCAAAAAAAAAACGAAAAGAGCAAUUAAUUAGUCUGUAAGACACUAUGUAAUCUUUAGAAAAGAUUCGAACCGCUAACUUUAUUCGUUAUAAUUAAUUAACAAUAUUCACUUUUUGGCACUCGGAACAGCAGGGUUUCAUGAGAGUUGAACAAAUUGCAAUCUAAGUCUUCCAAAACGAGAGCUCUUCCCCCUCGUUCUGAAGACUCCACAUGCAAUGCUUUAUUUCAAAUGUCUUAUUUAGUAUAGUAAUUCGUUUAAAUUUUAUCGACGAACGACUAAUACACUUCUAAAUCGAAUAAAAAUAACUGGUUGUUUCUGUUUGAUGUAAAUCGGUGCUAUUCUUGCCGCUGUUUGAAAUCCUGCUGUUUGAAUAGUCAUAAUAAUUUUGGUUAGUGUCAUUGAGUUUAAUUAUCCCCUAGUAGAUUUCAACUGCACAAUAAAUCAUACUCCCUAAUUGGUCCGACUGGACCGAGUCUGUAUUACGGCAAAGCCAAAACGCGAUUGGUUUCAUUUGUAACCGAUACCACGCAUUAAAAACCAACAUAGCAUUAAUCACACAGGAGCACUGUUAAGGAAAUAACACAAGAGGCUAAAAACUUCAUCAUGAUCCACAAUCGAAUUGUUAGUGUGUAGCGAUUUAGAGCUGACAUGCAAAAGUUGACAGGAACAAAACCAAAAAAAAAAAAAAAUAAAUAUUAAACGACAAACGAACAACAUACAUUCCCACAAGGACGUAAGACAAAGUUGCAAGAAGCGCUAGAGAAAUGGCUUUAUCCGUCAAAAAAGUGAAACCUAUAUUGGUCGAUUUUUGCUACGAACACUUUUGUAUACUAAACAGAGAGAUAUAUAUAACACGAGCAAAAUUUCCGCCCCUUUGUAUUAGGAUUGUGCAGAAGUGCAGUAUAGACACGUCUUUUUUUAUAUCGAUGAUGCUUACCAAAGACACCCGCCAGCGCCGCCACAAUACCGCAGAUGUUGUAUAAAUAGUAUUGUAAGACCAUACCGGUUGGACCAUCAACCAGUCAAUCUUUAAACAAGUCAAGGACUUACAUACGGUUUAUUUCAUCGUAGCUACAAGCUGUAUAAAUCUAAAAUGUUAACAAUCGUGUAGCUAUAAGCGGCAUUUUCUUCAGUCCGAUCCGAGAUACAGAGAAGUGCGUAACCAUACCGUCGCAAAACUAUUUAGAGAAAACAAAAUUUAGACACUUUGCUAAAGAUUUUGUUUUAAUUAUUUGAAGACAUGUUUGUCUCGCUCAUAGAUUAUGUCCAUUUGGCUACGCAGCUUACUACUAUGAAUAGAUAGAUUGAUUUAAAAAAAAUGAAUAGAGAUAAAAUUAUUGAUUGUAUCUAACGUAGAUACGAUAUUCAACGGAAUAAGAUUCUAAAUUCAAUUCCCGACAGCCAACCUUGAAUAUUUCGAAUGCACUGGACCUAUUAGAAACGAUAAACUCCAGAACGCAUAGGUAAUUGUUCCUCAUUCGCAUUUUGAGUAAAGAAAUACUAUAUUUUGAAAGUAUGCAUGAGUGUCUCUUGCUUCUUACCUGAGUGGAUUGUUUUGUUAUACGUAGCCAUUUGCUAUCCUACGUAUCCUAGCAUGAUUCACUGGUGCUGUUCUUGGUACGUGGGUAUCAUUGUUCAAUUAAUCGUCUUAUGAUUUCUUUUGCAAUAAAUAAAAUAGAGUGUACAGUUUGAUCUUUUGACUCCUAGCUGAAUACUGAUUUACCUUCACAUUCGCCCUUACGAACGACACGAUUGUAUUUUUACCGUAUCAAACCACAAAGUCGCCAUUAUUUAUUUACGAUUACACAAUCUCGCGAAUUAUUAAAAAUAUUUACAAAAUAGAAAUGCUGACCACGUAGUAGACGAUUACACCAAGGAACGUAUUUUACGCAUACAUAUCUUUAAAAGUGUAGAAAAAUAUAAAAUUCAAAAAUCACUUGACAAUGUGAAUAUCACACUAAAAAAGAUUGAAUCAUAUAAGUCGAACUCUUACUUGGAUGAUAGAGUACAAGAUAUUCAACUAUUCAUGAUUGGAAUCAAAUUAUCUCAUUGUUUUAAAAGGUAAAUUGUCAGUCACAUAACGGGAUCGAGUUCCGGCUGUGUGGUGACUUUUUCGCAGAUUUUUAUUUCUUUUGUUUCAGGCGUCAGACUUUUUUCUGGUUAUAAAAUCUUAAGACUAGUUCUAGACGGCUCUUCGUCUUAACAAAUGUUUUCUCUAUGGUUCUUCGAUUCAUGGUAACGUUAAAGGUUUUGCUUUGACCCAUUAUAACCAAGGGGUUCCCAAAUUUGAACCAAAUGAGCAGAUAUCAUCAAUAUCAUCUUAUUUUGUGUUGAAGAUGUUGGGAAAUACCAAAUUACUAUAAAAAAUCUUUUCCAAACGAAAUUAUCCUACGUAUCAUAUAUCAAACACUGGGACAAUACAGUAGUAACAAAAUUAUAAGAGAUAUGUCUAUAUUUUGAGAGUGGUAUUUAUAUAUAUAUACGAUUCAAUGUCUUUUAAAUAGUACCUGUAGAAGUACAAUCGGAGCUGAAGGUACAAUAUAAAUGAAAAUAUUUAGUGCAUCGGGUUUUAGCGGAUUGUUAUUGAUUAUUUAAUUAUUUGUAUAUAUUGGACUGUAAACUGCAAUAAACAACUUCAUUUGUCGAUGCCUUCCAUUCAGCCUACCUAAAUUUGAUUCCCAACCCCGCACACAGGGUCAGAAGGUUUUUCUGGCUCAAAGUGGUAAAUGACUUUAAGGUUAAAACCUAAUCUGUCUAAUCUAAAAUAUAAAAAACAACUUCAUUUGUUUCCAUUUUUUAAUUUUUAGGAAAAUGAAUUAUGCUUCAUUUUUAGGAAAAUGAAUUUGCACUAUUUUUUGCAGCCAUGUUUUUGAAUAUUCCACAUUUCGAAGAUAUAACAAAAUGGAUUUGAUUUGCUGAUGGCAAAAGAUUUUCGAAAGACUUCAACUAAUCAUAAAAUUCUGAUGCUGUUGAUGUUUAUCGGUUAACGAUAUGCUUUGGAAAAAAAUACUGCUGUAUUAACCCACCAUAUGGUAUAUUUUUGGGAUUUCACUUCUGAAAUAACUAAUUUGAAUCUUUGGCAAUGGUUUGUAAAAAGAUGGCACCAGUACCUAUAGUUUCGAACAUAAGAUUCACACGAAUAUGUUGCUUACUUUCCUUUGUUCAUUUGUGUGAACUUUACAAAAAAUGUUGACACUUGAAACCUAUUUUAAUAUACAAAGAAAUUAGAGGUGUAAACUAUCAACUAGUGCUCUAGUUGAAGUCCUAUCAUACGCUAGGACAUAAUGGGUUACAAAAACUAAAGCCUAAUGUACGGAAUUCAAAAGCAAGUUUUUUAUGCUUCAGACGUAAAUUCUUAAUUGCUUAAACGAGUUGAUGUUUGUUUAUUUGGAAAAGAUUUAUUUUUUACAUCAUCAAAUAUUCGAUAAAAUGUAUCUGCAACACGACUAGGUUUACUUAGACUCUAGUGACCAUUCACUUACUCUAUUUAUUGGAAAUGAAUGAUUUAAACGAUGUGUAAAGUAUGUUCCAGACCAAGGCCGGCAGAAGCCCUAUUGGGGGUGUAUACUGAACUCCACACCUGGAAAAUGUCUGGUUGUGGAAUUCUGCACUUGGAAAUGUUUUCUAUCACUUUCCUUGAACAACAAAUCCGUUGUCUCGACACGUUUCCGCAAAUAUUUCAAAUGGUCUGGCCUGGGGACAGUUGGGAGGAUUCAUUUCCUUGGGUACGAUGUUGAUUCCGUUGGCUUUGUACCAUACUACUGUAUCUUUCGCGUAAUGCACUGAUGGCAAACAGUGCUGGAUUACGAUGGUUUUGGAUCAUGGGAUGAAGGCACCGCAGCAAGCAUUCCAGAAAGUAGACAUUCACUGUCAUCGUAUCUAUUGUCACUAACGGAUUCGAAAGCAUUCCACACCCACAAAUUGCUUGUCAAUGCAUUACCUUUUUACCAAAUUAAUUAAAUCGAUAUAUUGGCAGUUUUAAUACUUUUUCCAGCACGGACCGUGUAGAAUUGGUAGUCGGAUGCACCUUAAAGUCAGUUAAAGGCUGUAGCCAGGUAAGCGUAUGAAAUCUGCCCCCAAAGGGAAUUCAUAUCGUUAACCAUAUAUGGAACAUGUUUAACUGGAAACAAGGAAUUUUUAAAAUUUGUUUCUAAUUUCCAAAAAUCAAACAAAAUCAAGGAUGGCUUUUAUCGUAUCAAAUAACGCUCACUGGCAACUCUUCACACGAUUGAAUCAGUGCCAUCAAAGAGAUACACGGCAUGGUUUAUUAAACUUUAUUUAACAUAGAAUCGACACCAGUGCGAGAGCGAAUUUCUCUCGAUGACAUUUCUGAGAAUCAAAGGUUAGCACGCUGCACGAUCCUCUCUGAAGCAACAAACGGUCGCUUAUUCUCGUUUCGCGAUCCGAUUCUAUACAGACAGUUGAUAAUUGCGAUAGAAUAAUUUUACUAUUGCCACUUAUUCUAACUAUGUGCAUAUAACCUUUGUAUAAGUUGUGUCUAUGCAAAUGUCUGUGAAUGCUCCAUACAAGGGUUUUGAAAUAUUGCAACCUAGUAUGAGAAUCAUCGAUUCGAUUUUCUGCGAUAAUUCUCGGUUAAUUUUUCAAAAGGGCGUAUAAGCAUGUUACACUUUCUCACACUUUCUCUUUAAUCACUCUCUCUUUCGAUUAUUGUGAUGUGAUUAAAAAGAUUUUCUUUGAUAUCACUAUUCUGUUUGAAAGUCGAAAGUUUCGGGUAUAAUUUCAUGCAAAGAGUUGAGUGAUAAACGUGGAAACCGUUUGGUUAUUGAUAGAAGAGAAAGUAAACAACUAGCUGUCACUAGCUUAUACGCCCUUUUGAAAAAUUAACCGAGAAUUGUCAACUUGCGAUUCUCUCUUGGGAAAUUCCACACAGCAAUGAUCAUUAUCAGACUGUAAAUUUGUUUUAAGGGCGUGAAAUACUCAGAGUAUGAAGUGGAGCGAAGAAAUGUGCAAAAUUCUCUCACGGUUCAUACAUUGAGAGACUCGAGUUCUUGUAGCAUCUUCUACCGGAUUGAAAAUGUUGUAUACAAUCACCCUCAUUCUUGUUUACGUCCGUAUCGACCAUAAAACGAACGGAUACGAAUACGAAUAAGCCAUUCUCGUUUUCACUCGAAUGAAUUCGAACGCGACUCGUUUGCCACAAAAUAUUCAAAUAUCAGUAAACUUCUUCCAAUAAAUGCUAAGCCUUGAUGAAAUCAGUUCAAUUCUUGUGAUUAACCAUAUAUGAAACACCAGAAUGUAUGCCAGUUUAGCUUUAAACGAUACGUGUAUUCGUAUAUCAUUCGUACGAACGAAAAGUCCCAUUCUUGUUUACGGACGAAUAGACGAAAUGCCGUGGUUUCGAUUCGUCAGUUUAAUGUUGCGAAUCAACCGUUCGAACACAUUGAAAAAAGUUUAACCGAUUUCCAACAAAUUUAUUUUUGAAUCUAAAGGUGAUUUGUAAUCAAAUCAUAAAUUUGUGUUUUGCAUAGAACAUUUAGAAAGCAUAGCAGUACAGUAAAAUGCUCUUUUUCUCUGGCGAGCCUUUGAAUAUAUGCUCGGUUCCAAGUUUUAACGCAUCAAAUUUUACAUCUAUUAGGUACUUUAUGGAAAAUACGCCAUGGGUAACCAUGCUUUAUUUUAUAUUAAGUGCAUGAUUUCACCAAUGUAUUAAAUAUGGAGACUAUCGAAAACAUGACAAAAUUGCAAGAAAAAAUGCAACAUAUUUUUCGCCGAUACUACUGAUCGGACUGCUAUUUCAAAAGCUUUUUUUACUUUGCAUGAAGUUUAAUUUUAAAAUUUCAUUUACCGACAUGAAUGAAAUUGGUCCUGAGUACGAUAUUUAUUUCUUAUGUAGCAUUCGUCACUUCCUUGAUGCUUGGAAUUUUCCAAAAAAAAACUACCUGCGCUUUUGAUCCUUCUUUUGCACAGGAGUCGCGUACGUACACGUUCGAGUGAAAACAAGAAUGGCUUGUUCGCAUUCGUUCGAAAGCAUGUGUUCGUCGAAUAGUCGAUACGGACGUAAGCAAGCAUGAUGAUACAAAAUCAGUGAAAAAACAAGUCAAAUAACAAAUGAUAACAAAGAUUUUUAAUUACAACUCAAAUCUGUUACAGAACUGAUAGGUUAAAGUUGGAUGGGCGUUGUUUUUAUACAUGUACGAUGUUUGAAAAAGUGAUUGAUUCGAACGUAAACGGGAAUACGAAUUUGAUAUACUUUCGAACGUAUCGCAUACGGCCGUAAACAAGAAUGAGGGUGAAUGUAGAUAGCAUUAUAGCAGUUUCUGUCAAAUUUUCGGCAAUCACCAACACUGAAUAAAAUAAAAAUCAUUGGAAUCACCCUAGCUCCGUCAAUAUGGCAAUGUUUUUUGUAAAAUUUCUGUGGUAUACCCGCCAUUAGAUACGCUCGCGGUGGCGAUUCUCCAGCUUCUCUUGAUUCUUUAUGUUUCCUCUUAGGUUCGAAGAGUUUUCUGCAUAACUAGCGCUCAGUACUUCUGUAUUAGGCGUUAUUUCUAGGUGGAUUGGAUGUAUUGUAUUGGUACGUAUUCGGCAUCUUGUACCUCAUAUCAUUCCAGGACGGACUUCGCGUAGUGACAAGAAGCGACCUAAAUUAGAGUUGGAAAACCGUGGCUUCUGAUAUAGCAACCGCUUUCGAAGACACUCUUUCUCAUAAAUAUUAUCCUUAUUGAUAGUGUUGGUAGAAACGAAACGUAUGUCGUUUUCGCUUGAGAAAACAGAAACUGACCCAGGCUAGUUUCAUCAAACAAACGCUUUUCACGAAACUGUGUUCAUUCGCACUUAGCAACGAGGGUUUGAGCAAACCUGAUAUAAGAAUCAGGUUCAAAACUGACUCGCUUUUCAGUUCAACAACGUUAAAACUAGGUUUGAAACUAGGCUCAAACAAACGAUUUGACAGCAGCUAGGGUGGAAACUGGGUUGGGUUUGGUAUCAAGCGGAAACGACAUUAGAUUUUCGACCACAACCGCCAAAUCAAAUAUUUCUACGGGAAUUCGAACACCUUCUUUGUACGGAAAUGUUCGGAAACGGUGUUUCUUUUCAUUGCGGUAUGGAACCCCCGACCCGGAAGCUGUUUAAAGUUUUCAAGCCCGUAUGUUUCGUCAUCUAUUAUGGUACAAGGAAGUUUUUGCAACAAAACUGUGUAAAUCUGCUUGGCACGACUUUUUGUAGUGAAUUCUUGCUUACCCUUUUCACUUUACCUUAUGAUAAAAAAGAACCGGAAUUUUCAUUUUAAAAUUCCCGCGCUUGUCCAAUCGGUAAACUUUUUUUUCUCUUAACGUUGGCAACACUUUUAUACACAUUCUGUCAAUUUUGACGCAUAUCGUACGAUUAGUUUUUGUUUGGCGUCUAUACAAAGAAGUUGAAAAAUUUUCGUGUGAUGAUUUUUAUAAUGGAUGAAAAUUUAGAACAACGUGCGUGCAUCAAAUUUUGUGUUGCAAAUGGAUUUAAGUGUUCCGAAACGUUGAAAAUGUUAGAAAAGGCCUUUGGUGAAUCGUGUCUUGGAAAAACACAGGAAUACGAGUGGUAUAAACGCUUCAAAGGUGGUCGUACAAGCUUGGAUCAUGAUGAGAUCCCUGGCCGCCUAACAACAUCUGUUACUAAAGAAAAUAUUGAAUCGGCGAAGCAAAUCGUGUUGCAAAAUCGUUCUGUACCGAUUAGAGAGAUUGCUGUGUUGUUGGGCAUCUCUUAUGGAUCAGCCGAACACAUUUUAACAUAUGUUUUGGGUUUGAAACGCGUCGCUUCUCGGCUGGUGCCAAAAAAGCUGAAUUUCAUUCAAAAACGGCGUCGUGUUGAUGUGGCCAAAGAGAUGAUUUUCAACGCAGAUAGUGACCCCACAUUCAUCAUAUGCAUCAUAACUGGUGAUGAGGUGUGGAUCUAUGAAUAUGACGUCGAAACCGCACAACAAUCGACCGAAUGGCGCUUCGAAGGCGAGCCGUUGUUCUAAAUUUUCAUCCAUUAUUAAAAUCGCCACACGAAAA